AUGAACUACGCCCAGAUCCAGAUCAUUUCGCUGAGUGGGGAACGGAUUGCGCGGUUCCGAGCCGACCCGACGCUGACAGUGCAAGCUAUUUAUCGGGAUCUACAGCGUCGUCUGGGGCUUCAAAUUUAUCGCCAAGCUUUGCUCUACUGCAACGAGGUGUUGGACUCCGGGGUCUAUCUUUCAGAGCUUGGAAAUGGCAGCGAAAUUGAGCUGACUUUGAUAGUGCAGAACGUGUCUUUGGUGGUGACGUCCUCCUCGGACUACACUGCCAAGGUUUGGAACUGGUUCAAUGGUGAAUGCGUGCAGACGCUCACAGGUCACGCUAGUGAUGUCCACAAAGUGGGAUUCUCACCGGACGGGACCUGGGUUGUGACGGCUUCUUUCGACUCGACAGCACGAAUCUGGAAGUUGUCAAAUGGAGAGUGUACACAGAUCUUAAGGGGCCACACGAGUGACCUGAACUCCAUCGUUUUCUCCCCAGACAGUCGCACGCUAGUUACGGCCUCCGACGACCACACCGCAAAGCUUUGGGAUGUAGCCCAUGGGGACUGCAUGAAGGUUUUAGCCGGCCAUUCAGCUGUUGUCAACUCAGCCCUUUUCUCAUGGGAUGGUUCCUUGGUUGUCACCGGCUCCUUCGAUGGAGAUGCCCGUAUCUGGAGUGCAGUGGACGGCGAGUGUCUUCGGAUCUUAUCCAGCAAGGGCAUGCCGCUUGAGUUUGCGGUGUUCUCUCCGGAUGCAGCCUUUGUCGUCACUGUUGCUAGAGAUGGACUGGUACGCUCAUGGUGUUCAGCAGAAGGCGAGUGCGCACAAACGCUUGUGGAUGAGGGCCACUUGGUGAACUGUGCCGCAUACUCUCCUGAUGGCGCCUUCGUCCUCGCAGCAUUUCUGGACUGCGCAGCACGGCUGUGGAGUCUGCAUCGCGGCGAACGAAUCCACAUCUUGCGCGGCCACAAGAACCUGAUCCGCUGUGCUUCUUUCUCUGCCGACGCCGCGCUUGUUGUUACAGGUUCCUUCGACGGCGUGGCGAAGAUCUGGAGUGUCAUGCGAGGGGAGUGCCUUCAAUCGCUUUCGGGUCAUGAAGGCCUCAUCACCAGCGUGGCAUUUUCGGAGGAUUGUGCCCAGGCUUCCGAGAAAGAGCUGGCCAAAGACGGCCUUCCUCCCAAGCAGCGCUUCUCCUGUCAGGAGGUCGUGUUCUGCUCACAUCCUGCCCGCGCUCGAUGCCUGCAGUGUGCUGGCCGGACAUGCCCUGAAGUACCGCGGACGGCCUACGUGCUCUUCCACAAUGCUUACUCGGCUGUGGCGCAUUUCAAGGCGCCGACCUGCGCGGAAGCAUCAGCACUUCCUGUGCCACGGCGGAGUCUGGCUGCCGGUGAGAUCCUAUUCGCCUCCUUUGCGGCCCUGGUUCAUGAUCUUGGGGGAGGAAAGCGCUUCCUCGACUUGGGCUCCGGCACGGGGCGCGCAGUCGUCGCAUGGGGGCUGCUGGUGCCUGAUGGUACGGCUGUUGGCAUCGAGAUUCGACAAGCGUUGCACUGUGAGGCCAUCCAGGUCAGAGAAGCUUUGCCACAGGCUGUGAGGAGGCGUCUCCACCUGCACUGUGGCGACCUCUUUGAGUACGAAGGGCUGACAGAUGCCGAUGUGAUCCUCGUGAACAGCACCGGGUUCGAUGAGAACCUGAUGGCUGCAAUCAGCAGAUGCACUAAGAGACGGGCAAGACGCCCGCGGAAUGCAGGCCUCCCUUCAACAAUGCACAAGUACCGGUUACUCUCCAAGAAGGGCGAGGGCACCUUCUCAGAAGUGCUGAAGGCUCAGUCUAUCAAGUCGGGGAAGCAUGUGGCCAUCAAGUGUAUGAAGAACACCUUCGACAGCAUUGACCAAGUCAACAACCUCAGAGAGAUCCAGGCUCUGCGACGGCUCGCGGGCCAUGCGAACAUCAUCAAGUUGCACGAAAUACUCUACGACGAACCCACGGGACGGUUGGCCUUGGUUUUUGAGUUGAUGGACAUGAAUGUGUACGAGGCGAUCAAGGGUCGAAGGCACUACCUGCCAGACACGAAGACGAAGCACUACAUGUUCGAGAUCUUGAAAGGCUUGGAUCACAUGCACAGAAACGGCAUCUUCCACCGUGAUGUCAAGCCUGAGAAUCUGCUCCUCCUGGAUGAUGAGAUCAAGCUUGCCGACCUCGGGAGCUGCCGUGGCAUCUACUCGCGGCAGCCCUUCACCGAGUACAUCUCGACCCGAUGGUAUCGUGCUCCUGAGUGUUUGCUCACGGAUGGCUAUUACGGGUUCAAGAUGGACCUGUUCGCCGCAGGAUGCGUUUGGUUUGAGAUCGUCGCACUGUUCCCUCUGUUUCCCGGUCAGAAUGAGUCGGACCAGAUCCAGAAGAUCCACAACGUCCUGGGGACGCCUUCGCCGGACUUGCUAGCAAGCAAAUUCAAGCGGAACGCCUCGCAUAUGGAUUUCAACUUUCCGGAGAAGAAAGGCACAGGCAUCGAGCGCCUGAUCCCACACGCCGAGCCGGAGUGUGUGGAGCUUAUGCAGAAGCUGCUGAGGUACGACCCGGAGGAGCGCAUCCUCGCGAGGCAAGCACUCAGAGAUCCCUACUUCCGGGAGCUCCACGAGAUCAAGAAGGAGAUCUCCGGAGCGCAUGCGAUGUUACCUGGAGGGAGUGGCGCAACCCGAAGCCGUGAGCAGUGGUUCUCCAAAGCUGCGAACAGCUCCAGCAGCAGCACCACCAGUGUAGACCAGUACGAAACCCCGGAGCAGACGACUCAGGAGGCCAACCUCACGACCAGCUCUGUGGGAGCGGCUGCGGGUGACGAAGCCCGAAGUGGGUCGCUUCCGACCAUCGGUCAGUCGCGGCUGAAGCUGGGUGGCGCCGUUUCGGGUGCCGACAGCGAAGAUGAUGCUCCCAGCCAGGUGCUGCCGCCAAUUGGUGGCCUCAAAAGAACUACCGGGCGGACCAACGUAAAGCCGCAGACCUUCAAGACCGCGGCCAACGCAGCCUUGCAGUCGCAUGGUUCCGGCAAAGGACAUGGAGCUGCUUCAAAGACCAGCAGCUACUUCAAGGAGAACGGCUCUGGACACAGAGGGCCAUCGAAGUCCUUCAUGGCUGGGUCCGGUGCAGCUCACGCCGACUCCAUGUCGAUCACUGCACAGGGAUGGGCGGAUCCUGGCAGUGCUGGAUUGGGCCGAGGUGCAAGAUCGGGCUCGCAAGUGGCCAGCAUGGGAUCCACCUGGGCUCCUCAGAGGCUUCCGGCUUUGACCUCUGGUGUGACAGGGACACCGUCGGCAUACGACGUGUGGUGUCCCGUCUCUGUAGCUGCCGCAAUGAAGCUCAACUCCGUGCAGCCCGGUUGCCGCGUGGUGACCCUGUCGCAGCCACUCAGAGGGGCUGAAGAAGGCUGGACCCUUCUUUUCGAAGCCCUUUAUCGCAUGACGUGGGGCAACUGCACUGCCUUCGUCUACCAGAAGUCGACGAUCGCCCGUUGCGGUCCGGCCUAG